GUUCAACCUGGCAGGCUGGCCAGGAGUCCCUUGGAGAGGUUUGGCGUGAGGAAACAGGAGGCCUCACGAUUCCUUCAGUUCCCUCUAAGACUGCUGGGCAGGUAGCCAGAAGAAACUCUGAAGUGUACAGAAAGCCGAUGGCCAGGGGGACCCCAGCUGCGAAGCUGCAGUACCAUGUUUACCCAGCCUAACUGCGGUCACCCAGUCUCCUGCAUGUGUCCGAGGUCAGCCUCGGCGGCUCCCCUGAGUAGGUAUCUACCUGAGGCUCUUCCUCUGAUGCUACCUGCAUACCAAGUCCACCCAGGAACCUGGCGUCCUCUGGAGGCUGCACUUCCCAAGUGGGCUAAGACAGGCCCUUGAUCUGUUGGGCUGGAGCCAGAGACCUCAAGGGGCCACUAGGGGACUCGAGACGCUCAGUGGUUGCUGGCGCCCUCUUGUGGCCAUUUUGGGGAUUGGCAAGAAAAGUUUCGGAAGCGAGCCAAGAUCGGAAUUCUUGGGGAGGCCACACCAGAGCCGGUGCUCACACAGGCGAGCUACCAGGCCACAAGGACGACACCCACCCUGCCUCUGCACCUCUGAGCAUCCAUGUCCUUGCGAGAACCCUUGCUCACAUCAGCUAAGAGAUUGCACCUGCUGACCUAGAGAUUCCCACCUGUGGCUCCUAGGGUGAGAGGCAGCCGAGCAGGGCAGCCAGCAGUAGCACCAUGUCUGCGAGUGGUGGGAAGAUGGGACCGUCCCUCACCCAGGAGAUCCUCAGCCACCUGGGCCUGGCCAGCAAGACUGCAGCGUGGGGGACCCUGGGCACCCUCAGGACCUUCCUGAACUUCAGCGUGGACAAGGAUGCGCAGAGGCUACUGAGGGCCAUUACUGGCCAAGGCGUGGACCGCAGUGCCAUUGUGGAUGUGCUGACCAACCGGAGCAGAGAGCAAAGGCAGCUCAUCUCACAUGCCUUCCAGGAGCGCACCCAACAGGACCUGCUGAAGUCCCUACAGGCAGCCCUUUCCGGCAACCUGGAGAGGAUCGUGAUGGCUCUGCUGCAGCCUGCAGCCCGGUUUGACGCCCAGGAAUUGAGGACAGCUCUGAAGGCCUCAGAUUCUGCGGUGGAUGUGGCCAUUGAAAUUCUUGCCACUCGAACCCCACCCCAGCUGCAGGAGUGCCUGGCAGUCUACAAACACGAUUUCCAGGUGGAGGCUGUGGAUGACAUCACGUCUGAGACCAAUGGCAUCUUGCAGGACCUGCUCCUGGCCCUGGUCAAGGGGGGCCGUGACAGCUACUCUGGAAUCAUUGACUAUAAUCUGGCAGAACAAGAUGUCCGGGCACUACAGCGGGCAGAAGGACCUAGCACAGAGGAGACAUGGGUCCCACUCUUCACCCAGCGAAAUCCUGAACACCUCAUCCGAGUGUUUGAUCAGUACCAGCGGAGCACUGGGCAAGAGCUGGAGGAGGCUGUCCAGAACCAUUUCCAUGGAGAUGCCCAGGCGGCUCUGCUCGGCCUAGCUUCAGUGAUCAAGAACACACCACUGUACUUUGCUGACAAACUUCACCAAGCCCUCCAGGAAACUGAGCCCAAUUACCAAGUCCUGAUUCGCAUCCUUAUCUCUCGAUGUGAGACCGACCUUCUGAGUAUCAGAGCUGAGUUCAAGAAGAAAUUUGGGAAGUCCCUCUACUCUUCUCUCCAGGAUGCAGUGAAAGGGGAUUGCCAGUCAGCCCUCCUGGCCUUGUGCAGGGCUGAAGACAUGUGAGACUUCCCUGCCCCACCCCACAUGACAUCCGAGGAUCUGAGAUUUCCGUGUUUGGCUGAACGUGGGAGACCAGCUGGGCCUCCAAGUAGGAUAACCCCUCACUGAGCACCACAUGUUGUAGCUUCUUGUUGCGGUUGGAACUGUUUCUUUAAAAUCCUUUGAUUUUCCUCAUCUCAAAAUUAUAUCUGUACCUGGGUCAUCCAGCUCCUUCUUGGGUGUGGGGAAAUGAGUUUUCUUUGAUAGUUUCUGCCUCACUCAUCCCUCCUGUACCCUGGCCAGAACAUCUCACUGAUACUUGAAUUCUUUUGGCAAACUUCA